AUGGCAUUCCGUCCUUUCAAUAGGAAGAGUGAUCAAGCUACAUUGACCUUCCAACAAUGGGAAGGACCAAACUACUCUAUACUGAGCCCAAAUCACCAGUCAAAUGGCAUACUAUCCUCCCGACAGGAUGAAGGACCAAAUUAUUUUGAGCUCGCCAAUCGCCGAUCAAUGAAACCCGCCCAAAUACAUAAUACCCAUGACCCGAAAAUUUUAACCCAAAUCCUCAAAUCAAUUCACCUAAGGGAGAAGAACAAAAGUGGCAACCGUAGCUCCGCCACUACACGGCGGCUGAAGAUGUAUAAUUGUAGGCCGAAGCGUGAUCGAAAGGGCAAAAUAUUGAAGCACGAGUAUCAAUCAAAGCAGCUUUCGUCAACGAGGAUACAUCCAGAUCCCCGAUGGUUCAUCAAUACUCAGGAGAAAUUGGAAUCCUUUAGAGAAGAGAUCCAGAAUCGGCUUUCUAACAACUACAAUAUCAUAAUGAAUGGAAGUAAUUUGCCCAUGUCCCUUGUGAAUGAGCACAAGAAGAAAGGAAAUGCUCAUCAACUUGGCAGUAAGCCUUCUGCUGGAACAGAGAAGAAACACGCAAAACAUUUUAAAUCAUUAGCCAAGAAGGCCGACACGCCUUAAGAUCUCCCCUUCCACAAUUCAUGAAGACACAUACCAUCUAAAUACAACCUUUUUCCAAGAUGAUUCGAGGGAGAAGCCAAAUAUAAGAUUGGAUAACUCAGAUUUUAGUAAAUUAGUAGAUACUUCAGUUUAUUCGAGAAAUUUAGGGAAGUAAAAGUAGAGUCUUAUAUAAAUAUCAAGAAGACAACUAUGGUACUUAGUUUUUUGGAAUGCUGGUAGAACAGCGACUAUUGACAAUUGCUGUUGAUUUUGGCUUUGAGGAAUAACUCCUCUAUGAGUUGAUUUUU